AUGUCUCUACCGGAGAAGGAAACUCCCGGUGCGUCUUACGAAGUUGCCCCGGUCCCAGCCACAUCUGUGAAAGGGACGAAAUCGACCAAUAACUUGUCCGUCUCCAGCUCGACAAUCACCCCUGAUGGAAGUAAAGAAGCAGGAUCGAAGCCACCGCCCGCCGGAAAUGUGAUCAACGCAGACCAACCUGACCCUCUGUAUGCCCACCUCUCGGCUCAUGAAAGGGAUAUCCUGAAGAAGCAGCUGGAGGCGGAGGAUGCCACUGUAUCCUUCUUUGGCCUCUAUCGCUAUGCGUCCCGGAUGGACAUGCUGGCCAUCUUGGUGAGCGCCAUCUGCGCCAUCGCGGCGGGUGCAGCCUUGCCGUUGUUUACUAUUCUGUUUGGCUCCUUGGCUUCGGCUAUGCGAGAUAUCACCCUGGGAGAGAUUGAAUACUCCGAAUUCUAUCACCAGCUGACGAAGAAUGUGUUGUACUUCGUCUAUCUCGGUAUUGCUGAGUUUGUCACCGUCUAUAUCAGCACCGUUGGAUUCAUAUACACCGGGGAACAUGUCACCCAAAAGAUUCGCGAGCAUUACCUCGAGUCCAUUCUCCGGCAAAAUAUGGCCUAUUUCGAUAAACUUGGCGCUGGUGAAGUGACCACUCGUAUCACCGCCGAUACGAACCUCAUCCAGGAUGGUGUCUCCGAGAAAGUUGGAUUGACACUGACAGCAAUCGCUACGUUUGUCACUGCAUUCAUCGUUGCCUACGUCAAGUACUGGAAACUGGCCUUGAUUUGCACUUCGACCAUCGUUGCUCUGGUUCUGGUCAUGGGAGGCGGCUCCCGGUUUAUUAUCAAGUACAGCAAGCGGUCUUUGGAUAGUUACGGCGCCGGUGGAACCGUGGCGGAGGAAGUCAUCAGUUCAAUCCGAAACGCUACUGCAUUUGGCACCCAGGAUAAGCUUGCCAGGCAGUACGAGGUGCAUUUGGCCGAGGCAGAGAAGUGGGGGAGAAAAAACCAGAUCAUUCUUGGUAUGAUGGUCGGCGGGAUGUUUGGCAUUAUGUUUUCGAAUUACGGCCUAGGGUUCUGGAUGGGAUCACGGUUCCUUGUCAACGGAGAAGUUGACGUGGGCCAGGUCCUCACUGUGCUGAUGGCUAUCUUGAUUGGCUCCUUCAGUUUGGGAAAUGUUAGUCCCAAUGGCCAGGCUUUUACCAAUGCUGUUGCUGCAGCGGCAAAGAUCUUCAGCACCAUUGAUCGUCCGUCACCGUUGGAUCCGUACUCGGAUGAAGGAGAGACUGUCGCAGACCUCCAAGGCAACAUCGAAUUCUGUGAUGUGAAGCACAUCUACCCUUCACGGCCUGAGGUAACUAUUAUGGAUGGUAUCUCUCUAACUAUGCCAGCAGGUAAAACCACCGCGUUGGUUGGCCCUUCUGGCUCUGGAAAGAGUACCGUUGUUGGACUGGUCGAGCGUUUCUAUCUCCCCGUUGGAGGCAAUGUUUUGUUGGAUGGCCAUGACAUUCAGAACCUUAACCUCCGAUGGUUACGACAGCAAAUCUCCUUGGUUAGCCAGGAGCCCGUUCUUUUUGGCACCACUAUAUACCAGAACAUCCGAUACGGACUGAUCGGCACGAAGUUCGAGAACGAGUCACAGGACAAGAUCCAAGAGCUGAUUGAGAAUGCGGCCAAGAUGGCCAAUGCUCACGAUUUCAUCAUGGCGCUGCCCGAGGGAUAUGAGACCAACGUUGGCCAGCGGGGCUUCUUGCUCUCCGGUGGUCAGAAGCAGCGUAUUGCCAUCGCGCGUGCAGUUGUCAGCGACCCCAAGAUCCUCUUGCUUGACGAGGCAACAUCUGCAUUGGAUACCAAGUCGGAGGGAGUUGUUCAAGCUGCCCUUGAUAAGGCGGCCGAGGGCCGAACCACCAUAGUGAUCGCUCAUCGUCUAUCGACGAUCAAGUCAGCCCACAAUAUCGUUGUCUUGGUUGACGGCAAGAUCGUGGAGCAAGGUACCCACGAUCAGUUGGUGGAUCGUCAAGGCACGUAUCAUAGCCUUGUGGAGGCGCAGCGGAUCAACGAAGAAAAGGAUGCCGAAGCCUUGGAGGCCGAUGACGACCUGGAGGACUACGUCCUUCCAAACGAUGAUAUGUCCCGCAUCAAGACUGCCUACAGUGGUUCAGCUUCGCUCGACGCCCAUGAUGAGAAAGCCCGUUUGGAGUUUGCGCGCUCGGGAACCCACAAGUCUGUAUCCAGUGCUGUCCUUUCCAAGAGAACCCCAGAAGCAGGCCAGAAAUAUUCGCUCUGGACGCUAAUCAAAUUCAUCGCUUCUUUCAAUCGGCCGGAGAUCCUGUAUAUGGUGGUGGGCUUCGUCUUUUCGUUCCUCGCGGGAGGUGGUCAACCAACUCAAGCAGUCUUGUACGCCAAGGCAAUUAGUGCGCUCUCGUUAGGCUCUGCUAUGCAUGAUCAAAUCCGAAGUGAUGCCAACUUUUGGUCGUUGAUGUUCUUCGUGGUUGGGAUCGCUCAAUUCAUCAGCCUUUCCAUCAAUGGCGCUGCAUUUGCCAUAUGCUCUGAAGCGCUUAUCCGCCGUGCGCGAGGCGAAGCCUUCAGGUCAAUCCUUCGUCAAGACAUCACCUUCUUCGACCGGGAGGAAAAUAGCACUGGUGCGUUGACCUCCUUCCUCUCAACCGAGACGAAGCAUCUGUCGGGAGUCAGCGGUGUAACCUUGGGGACUAUUAUUAUGACCUCGACGACCCUGGGCGCGGCGAUUAUAAUCUCGCUUGCUAUUGGGUGGAAGUUGGCUCUGGUUUGCAUUUCGGUGGUCCCGAUCCUCUUGGCCUGUGGAUUCUACCGGUUUUAUAUGCUUGCCCAAUUUCAACAACGCUCCAAGAACGCCUACGAAGGGUCUGCGAGCUAUGCCUGUGAGGCCACAUCGGCCAUUCGGACAGUGGCCUCUCUUACCCGUGAGCAGGAUGUCUGGGAUGUUUACCACAGCCAGCUAGAAGCACAAGGUAGGAAGAGUCUGAUUUCUGUGUUCAAGUCCUCCAUUCUGUACGCCUGCUCACAGGCCUUGGUUUUCUUCUGCGUCGCCCUCGGGUUCUGGUAUGGAGGCACGCUUCUCGGGCACCAUGAAUACAGCGUCUUCCGCUUCUUUGUCUGCUUCUCUGAGAUCCUUUUUGGCGCCCAGUCCGCCGGAACGGUCUUCUCUUUUUCUCCCGACAUGGGGAAAGCGAAGAAUGCUGCUGCUCAGUUCAGGAAAUUGUUUGACCGAAAGCCCAGCAUUGAUAUCUGGUCGGAGAAAGGGAUUAAACUGGACUCCAUGGAGGGUGAAAUCGAGUUCCGCGACGUGCAUUUUCGGUAUCCCACUCGCCCAGAACAGCCCGUUCUCCGGGGUCUGAACCUCAGUGUCAAGCCUGGGCAGUAUAUUGCCCUCGUGGGACCGAGUGGCUGUGGCAAAAGCACGACCAUUGCUCUUCUGGAGCGCUUUUACGAUGCCCUUUCUGGUAGAAUCUUGGUGGAUGGAAAGGAUAUCACGGACCUCAAUGUCAAUUCGUACCGCAGUUUCUUGUCGCUGGUCAGCCAGGAGCCGACGCUGUAUCAAGGAACGAUCAGGGAUAACAUUAUGCUGGGAGUCGACAAGGAUGAGAUGUCCGAAGAGGCCAUUGUGCAGGCGUGUAAGGAUGCCAAUAUCUAUGACUUCAUCACGUCUCUCCCGGAAGGAUUUAACACCGUUGUGGGCAGCAAGGGGGGCAUGUUGUCUGGCGGGCAGAAGCAGCGAGUGGCCAUUGCCCGUGCUCUCCUCCGAGACCCCAAAAUCCUUCUUCUUGAUGAAGCCACUUCCGCCCUUGAUUCGGAAUCCGAGAAGGUCGUCCAGGCCGCGCUGGAUGCCGCCGCUCGUGGUCGAACCACGAUUGCAGUGGCGCAUCGACUAAGCACGAUCCAGAAAGCCGAUAUCAUCUAUGUCUUUGAUCAAGGGAAGAUCGUCGAAAGCGGGACGCACCACGAGCUGAUUCGCAACAAGGGCCGUUACUACGAACUGGUCAACCUUCAGAGUCUGGGGAAGAGUCAUUAA